AUGUGUCUUGUUUGUGGUCUCUCUUGUCGAACUCAUUUUCAUUUCGGUGGAGCAUCUUGCACUGCAUGUGCAUCCUUCUUUCGAAGAACUGUCUCUUUGAAUAUUCGAUAUGUUUGCAAAAGAGAACAUGAUUGUAUUAGUUCACCGGAACUGAGAAGUAUCUGUCGAGCAUGUAGAUAUGAAUGUUGUAUCAAUAAGGCUGGAAUGAAUAGGGAUUUAGUUCAACAGAGAAGAAAUGACAAGCGUACACCUAAAUAUGUGCUGAACUCAAGAAAUGCAAGUGGUGCAGAUGGGGAAAUAGUAAGAGAUUACACCACCAACUCGUACACGACACUCCACGAGUUUCCACAAGUUCCUGAAACCAGUAAUUCCAUGGAUAGCAGUGAAUUGUCACAAGCGGAAACAGAUUCAAUGGGACUCUCUCCUUCACCUUCUUCUGUGAUAUCGAGUGAGGAUAGUGAUGAAUUCAGCAAAAUUCUUGACGUCAGUCAUGCGGCUCUCUUGAAUUACUAUGUGAAACAAGUUGAACUUUCGGCUGAAGAAAAUCUUAAGAACACACUUCUUGUAAAAUCAAUCGACGAGCUUCUGGAAGUUUGUUCAAUUCAAAAUGAGUUAGCUCUGGAAGCAUGCACAAUGUGUCCUGGAGCAGAUAUUCUCGAACAAGAUGACGUCGAAGUUCUUCUCAAGUAUUUCCAGUUUGCCAACACUUGGAUGGACUCUGUGUGGAGAUAUUCCGUGUCAAGUGACAAAACGAUGUUUGAAGAUAACUCUGGGAACAACGAAUCUCUCUCCGAGUUUAUUCAACAAAUUAAACAAACUCUCGGGUCUUCUAUGACUCAUCUCAACCUCAAUGUUCAUGAAUUCGCUGCUUUGAAAUCUUUUUGCAUUUGGAAAUUGGGAGUUCAUGACACAACAAUUUCAAUCAGAAUAGUUGCCCAGGAACAAUAUGAAGCUGUGACGUCAGCAUUGAGAAAAUAUUAUGAGAACUCAACAGCCAUGAAUGAUUCCGAUAUUGCUACGCGAAUCGCUGAAAUAACACUGCAAAUUGUUCCCAUUUUUACAACCUACCAAGAAAUGGUUCAAUUCUAUCAUCAAGCGGGAAUUACAACAGUCACCUUUUUCGAAAUGUGCUGA